UGUCUCUGGUUCAAACGUUUUGGGAACGUAUGCGUCAAAAAACAUGUCAAAAGGUCCGUGCAACAACGUCAAACAAGUCCAGUGGGCAUUUUGAUUUUAUAAAAGCGAUUUUUUUAAAACCACUUAAGCUCGGUUUGAGGCAAGCUAAGCGAAGAAAAUCACGUUUGACUACCCGAGUGUACAAGUGCCUGUUUCCAUGGCAACAUGGGUACACGCAACAUGGAGUUCCUGCAGUGGAGUUGUGAGGAUGUUGCGAGAUGGAUUGAGUCCAUCGGAUUUCCACAGUAUAAACUGUGCUUCACCGAGAACUGUGUCACUGGCAGGAAGCUGAUCUUUGUGGAUUGUGCCCACAUGCCAAGACUCGGAAUCACAGAUUUUAAACACAUGCAGGCCAUCGCGGCGCAUGUGCGCGAGCUGCUGGGCAUCGCCGAGGUCCUGUGGAGUCGCAGCGUCGCCGACCCGCCGCGGGACCUCGAGGGCCUCUUCCUGGAGAUGAAGAGUCGCACGGGCGUGGAGACCGAUCAGCUCACCCCUCAGCAGCUCCUGGAAGACAUACGCCACUGACCAAGAUGAAAGUCCACGGCCAGCUUGUGUUUAUCGUGGCGGAUAUGUUCCACAGCCACGCGUGAUCAUUAAAAUAAAUAAAUAAAUAAAUCCACAAUAUUGAGAGACCA